CUGGGAACAUCAGGGAGGGGCGGGAGCCUCCUUAAAAGCCCCACUGGGCCCCACGGGUAUGGGUGCAAGGUGAGCAGAGAGCGGGCGUCUCCAGUUCCCACUGCCCGCGCCGCCGAAUCGGUGACAGACGGACGCAGCAGGACUCCCGGACGGGGCCAGGUGACCGCAGGCAGCGAUGGAGCAAUGCACGGAGCUGGAAUGGGCCGUCCAGGUGCUGGUGAACAACUUUGACAAGUACUCCAGCCACCGCUGCUGCUGCAAGAAGCCGCGGCGCAUCACCAAGAAGGAGUUCCGCAAGAUGCUGAGCCACGAGCUCAACCACAUGCUGACGGACACCGGGAACCGGCGAGCGGCCGACAAGCUCAUCUGCGACCUGGAUGAGAAUAAAGACGGGCGCAUCAGCUUCGAGGAGUACUGGACCUUGAUAGGCGGCAUCGCCAGCCCCAUCGCCCAGAUCAUCCGCCAGCAGGAGCAGAGCGUCAAGCUCACCAAGUAGCCGGCGGCACCCAGACCCCCGCAUGGGCGCAGCCCCCCGGGCUCAGCCCCUGCUUCUCCACAGCUCCCCGCUUCUCGCCUCUCCUGCUGCUGAGCCCGGUCCUGAGCCCCAGCCCGUCCUGGUUCACCCCGGUUCACCCCGGUUCACCCCGGUGCGCCCCGGUGUCCCCACAGCUUUGCUGGCUGAGCUGAGCCAUGUCGGGAUGCAGCUGGGUGGGCAGACCCUGCGGGUGGGAGCUGGGGGUGCGAGGCCAUGGCAGCCUCGGGGGGCUCCUCCUUGCCCCACGCCAUCCCUGCCCUCAUCCCCCCGACAAGCCCUGUCCUCACCGGGCAAGAUGCAAAAGGAAAGGCUUCCCCUCAUCUAGGACACAAAUUCUGCCUGUUCUCAGACCUCUGGGGCACAGCCCCGCUGGCAGAAACCCAUCACUACCAGGACCCCCCUCUCCCCUCGGAGCUGACCCUGAACAUUGGGGGUGUCGUUGGGAAGAAGGCGCCUUUCCCCCUGCGCAAGCCGGUGAAGGGUCUGUCCUGCCUGCGCUCCCUGGUGCUCUGGUCCCCUGGGCUGGGGGAGCGUGCGGUCCCCUCCGGGCGCCACCACUGUGGUUAUUUAUUGCAGCAAUAAAGUUUGGAGGAGCA